AUGGCCAUCGGUCCUGACAGCCACAAAAUACGGGUCUGGAAGAGCCGUUUACUCACGACGACGCAUAACAAUGCAAUAUUCCCAAUCAUCGCACCUGUGGAGAUGGCUGAUAUGCCAGGCCAUGUUUGUGACCAAUGGGAUCAUUACAUCGAUCAUUUUGGGCUUUCAUCUUAUUGUGGGAAACGAUUUCUGAAGAUCGUUACCACCAACUCCGAGGACGAGACCUACAGGCUUCAGGGUCCCCUGCCGCUGCAAGUCGGCUUGAUCAUGGUUUGCCUGGGUGCCUCCGACUCGUAUACCGCAGAAACGCUGCUCGACCUUCCUUGA